UGUGCGUGAGGCUGUGCGUGAGGCUGUGCGUAAUGCCGUGCGUGACGCGCAGAGAAUGUAGCGGCGAAAGAAACUCCAAUCACCUGUCAACAGGUAUCAACAGCCCUCCAUCGAGCGUGCGCGUCGCCCCUGUAUGAAUCUAACCCCCGGCGAGAGAAAGCGGAACGCUCUGCUGUGUGCAUAGUCGCCUCGGUGGACCCGUUCUGUUUUAUUUUAGUCAUUUGUUUUGCUAGGCUGGUAUUAUGGCCAAAAAAUCUUCAACCAAGAAGUCAUUGAAAGGUUUGUUCUCCAGGAGUGAAGCCCACCACAAGGAACAGGUGGAGAAAGAAGAGAAGAGCAAUGGAGGGGAGAAGAAAAAGUUCAAACUGUUUAAAUUCAGUCUUAAGUCCAGGAGUAACGCGGCUCUGGAUAAGACGGCGGAUGCCAGGUCCUUGGAGAGCUCGCUAUUCCCAGACGGCGAUGAGGUUUUCCUGGAGAGUCCGAGAUCCGCCAGCAAGAGUUCAACUUUGUACGCUACUGCACCGAGGUCAAAGGCCAAAGACCUGAGCCGCUCCGAUAUGGACCUGAACAAGCCCAAGAAGUCCGGAGCCUUCAGCUUCACCCUCCGCAAGAAGAAGCGGGACAAGGACCGGGAGGAGAUGUCCAAGAGCGUGAUCGGACUGCACGGCCCCUGGACCCAGGGGCGUGGCGAGCACCUGGACGUCAGCCAAUGGGAGCUGGCGUCACGGCAGGGGGCCUCGUUCGCCAUGUCUCAGCCGGAGCUGGACACGGCGGACACCUUCGACAUCCCGCCGCCGCCCCCGGUGGCCCUCAGCCUCCAGGCCCCCAGCCUCCUGGCCCCCAGCCUCCUGGCCCCCAGCCUCAAGGCCCCCAGCCUCAAGGCUCCCAGCCUCCUGGCCUCUCAGCGCUCCUCGUCGGCGGACUUCCUUAGCAGGAUGGACCCCCCCACCUCCCGCGACCCCCAGGCCUCCCGCGACCCCCCGGCCUUCCGAAACGGCCCCACCCUCCACGACCGCCACGGCCGCCUGCGCUCCCUGGAGACCCUGCUGGACAGCCCCGACGCUUUCGACGUGGACGGGGGGCUGGGCGAGGUGCCCCUCGCCACCAUGCCCGAGCUGCUGCUGCUGACGGCGCCGUCCUCGCCGGCCCCCCCGGCCCCCUCCCAGCGGCGGCACGACCCCGGGAAGCACCAGGCCCAGCUCUCCCAGAACCCCGUCGCCGGCCCCCCCGCGAUCCCCGGGGGACCCCCCGCCGAGACACAAGCGCCGGUGUGCUCCCCCCUCGCCUUCCCGAGGUCGACCCACCCUGUCCUCUCCCCGGUGGUCCUGAUCCAAAGUCACAAGAUCAACCCCGUCCUCCCCGUCGUCCGUCCCGCCGGCAGCUACUCGUCACGGGACUCCGCCCCCGCGCACGCAACGCCAGAGCUGCCUCCGACGGCCGGCCUCAAGAUGGACGCCGACGCUAUCAAAGCCCUCCUCGACCACUCUCGGAUGGACCCGGUCCAGGCGAGCUCCCCCCUGAUCCAAGGCGAGGGCUCGGUUCCAGUUCUCCCCGAGGGAUCCAGCGACCUCGUCGGCCCCUCGGGAGGCGACACCCCGCUGUCCGGCGAGACGUUCCAGUCGGUCUUCUCCCAGAGCUUCACCACCGAGGUGUUCUCCGCCAUGCUAAAUACGGGCGAGCCCUCCGAUCACGUCGUGGAGCAGGACCCUCCCCCCCAGCCGCCGUCUCCCCCUCCUGCCCGCCGCCAGGAGCGGUUCGACGCACCGCCGUGCGUCCACGACGACGGGGGGUUCCCUAGAAGCCCCCCCGUCCCGGUGGGUGUUCCUGAGCACAGACCGCCUGUCGUCGACGUGGUGCGCGAUGCGGUGACUGACGUCUCGGCCCCGUCGGCAAAACCGGCCUCCACGAUCGACCCGGUCUCCACGACAGAACCAGUCCCUACAGCGGACCCGGUCUUAACGACAGACCCGGUCUCCACGACAGAAUCGGUCUCAAGGACCGAUCCGGGUCCCAACGCAGACCAGGUCUCCACCACAGACCAGGUCUCCACCACAGACCAGGUCUCCACCACAGACCGGGUCUCCACCACAGACCGGGUCUCCACCACAGACCGGGUCUCCACCACAGACCGGGUCUCCACCACAGACCGGGUCAACGAAGCCUACCGCGCUCCGACCGACGGCAAUGACAGGGGUGCGACCUCCACGUACCAAGUCCCCCUUACGGAAACAGAGCACUACCAUCACAUCCUCGGUACCCUUCAGCACGAUUCCCUCCUCCCUGUGAGCCUCCACCCCCGGACGGAUCCCACGCCUCCCAGCCCUGAUCCCCGGCUGGAGAGGCCGUCCCACACGGAGACGACAACAACCUCCCCCACUGUCCAUUCAGACCCCGAGCCGGCCCGUCAGGACUCGGCACUCCGCCCCGGUCGCCUCUCACCCGUGGGGUCCGACGGGAGCAGCGCCAUGGACGUGUUCUUCAGCGCCGAAGAGGACAACGCCACCGAUGGCGAACUGGACGACGUGUCCACCCUGGGGGAGAGCGAGGACCCCGACGCCGUGACGGAAGACGGCGGCGUCUGGUCCGCGAGGGAAGACCCGUUCGAAACCCCCCGGGUCACCCCCGGUCCCGACGGCCCGCCGGGAACAGUCGGCGCGUCGGGAGACGGGACGGCGGCGCUCCCGAGCGACCGGAUUGAAACGUGGGGGAGACGCCUUGAGCGGGGGAACACAGAACAGCAGCAGGGGAGGGGAGGGACCGGGGCCACGGAGACUUGGAGGAGGUGGAUAGACGUGGAGAGUGUGGGGGGGGGGUCGGAUCAACAGAGGGAGGUGGAGGCGAGGGCGGAGGCAGAGCCGCGCCCUGCCCUACCGGUCCGACAGGUGGAGACGCUGAUGGAAUGUGAGCCAGCCCUGCCCUUUUCUCAGGUCCCAGAUCCCCUGGGGAGAGAGUACCUGCCGCACGGAGGCGCCUGCAGGGCGGCAGAGGCGAACGCAGAACACCUCCAGCCAGACGCACGCACGUUCAUCGACGUCAGCGCAGCAGGCCUCGACACGAGCACCCCAGACCCUGCCGAGCGGGGGGAGACAGGGGAGGCCAGGGGGGGAGGAGCCGUGUCCCCCGUAGAGGGGAGGGCGUACGUGCAGGAGGGGGGGUCAGAGAGGUCAUCGCCCGUCGGUUGUCGUGGCGACCCUGUGGACAGAGAGGGCGCAAAGACCCCCGUCACCCUCAUCUACGACACGCCACACACCCUGUCAGAAGCCGGCGAGCGCGUCACGGCAGAUCAGAUAGAGGGAACUAGGACAGCGUCUCCGGUGGCUGAUGUCAUCAGAGCUGCCAGCGACGCACCGGAGCAGACGCCAGUCAGCCAGGCAGACGAGGCGAGCCGCGGGUCAGGACUCGACGCUUCCACCGAGAACGCCGUCCACCUGCCCUCCUUCCCCGCACGGACCGGCGAACCACAGGGGUCUCCAGCUACAGGCCCGGCCCCUGAUCUCCAGGACCUCCCCCCCUCCUCCUCCACCCAAACCUCAGGGUCACCUCCCAGGCCUGACCCCCACCCAGCACCCCAGCCCCUGCCGCCACCCCCACCCGUAGCAGACAUGCGCUCCUCCUACAGCGGGUCCCGCUACGUCAGUCGACACGGGAGCUACUCUGGUGAUGGAGACGGAGACCCCCACCCGGAGGGCACCGCCAACACCACCGCCACCACCGCCACCACCAGCUCCGUCUCGGUCAACCCGUGGAGGAACAACUUCGAGGGGGUGUCCCAGUACAGGCCCACCUCCACCUACACCUCCUCCUCCACCAGCUCCUCCACCUUGUUCCCAGACUCACCUGACUCCUCUGUGCCGUCCUCCUCCUCCUCCUCCUCAUACUCAUACUCUCUCCCCGAGGCAUCGGUCGACACACGAUAUCUUCCCCCCGCCCCCAACCCCGUCUCCACCUCCUCCUCCACCCCCACCACCAACCCCCUGCAGACAUACGGUUCCCCAGGCAACUGGCGGAGCGAAGGCAAGAGGAUUCUCUAUCUGAGAAGUGUGUCGACAGAGGAAGCAGUUGAAGAAGCAGAAGGAGGAGGUGCAGGAGGAGGCGGAGUAGGGAUAUCAAGGAGGUGGAGCCGUGACUGGGUGGAGCCAGAACCUGCUGCUGCACCUGUCAGAGAGGCAGAGGCGCGGACAGAGGCGAUAAAGGUGAACCGGGACACGGCUCACCUGGCAGUCGACCGUCUCUCCUCCUCGGAAUGUAACUCGGGCGUCGCCCUCGACGAAAGCACACGCCACUCACGGGCGGACGAGGACCCCUCGUCGGUUUACACCGGAGUCUUUACAGCCACGCGCGUGCACCUGAUCACCGAGCCCGCGCCCCCGCCCCCCGCCGACGAGGGCUCGCCCAUCCCCUACGAAAUGGAGGUGCUCAAGGACACCCUGAAGAGCAUGGGGCCCGGCCCCGGGAUCCAGAAGCAGAGGAGCCUGCGCGGGGCCCCCUUCGGCUACUCCUCCCUGGCCCCCAUCGUGGAGGACACCCCGAGUCCCACCUCCCCCUCCGUCACCUCGGCCUCCUCCUCCUUCGACGCCACCGACUCCUCCGUCGCACCGGCGGGCCCCGAGGGGCUGAGCGGACGCUUCAGCCUGCCCCUGGACCUGGGCCUGGGUAACCCCGUUGGCUCCCGGUCGCCGCUGGACCUGAUGAAGCAGAGUCAGCAGGAUGCACUGCAGCAGAACGGUUCGUGGGGCCUUGGCCGGCCCCUGAGGGCCUCCGCCUCCAACAGCAUCGUCAUGAGGACGUCCCCCGAGGACCCUCCCCCGCCCCCCUCCUCCCACAACGGCAACGGCCUCCAGCAGUUCCCCGCCGGCAACUCGCGGCUGGACCACAGCGUCCUGUUCUCCAGCUACCGCCCGCCCUCCGUGGACACGCCCCCGGACCCGCUGGCCUCCCGCUCGCCGUUCCGCAGCAGCUCGCUGCCCGACACCGGCAGCUCCUCCUACGACCGCGUCAGCAAGCCGGCGCGGGGCAACGGGGUCUUCGGAGGCCUCGGGGGUCUCGGGAGCGGCAACGGUGGCGGGUCGGACGCCGCGGCGCCGUCCUCCUACAACCGCUUCGCCUUCCUCCUGAACUCCAACCCCACCGCCACCCCCGGCUCGGGGUCGCUGACCAGCGGCGAAGACGCGUACUCGCGCAUCAGCCAGGGGCCGCACUUCAACGGGACCCCCGCCAACUCGGGGCCCGGGAACUCCGCCCAGCGCCUCCUCGGCCCCACCGGACUCCCGGACUUCCCUCGGACCGCCACCUCCUUCAGCGCCACCGCCACAGACAUGCCCUUCUCCAAGUACAGCCAGGGGCACGGGGCCAGUGGCAUGGGGCCCGGCGCGGGGGUCCCGGGGGCUCCCCAGCUGCAGAGGAGCUUCAGCAGCGAGGGUGGCAUGGGGGGCAUGGGGGGCCAGCACCCGCCCUCGUCAAUGCUGUUCAACAACGCCCACGUGGGGUCCCACUUCCAGGCGCCCGAGCCCGCCGAGCCAGAGAAGCCGAUGGCCCCCAAGUACAGGGCCUUCCCCGACGCAUAUCUUACCAAGGAGAAGGAACAUGGAAAACUCAACCCUCGCCCAGGAAAGAUCUUCAUCUACGACCAGCCGGGUAUGUGCGGUCAGAGGAUUGAGGUGCGCAGCGACGUGGUGGACGCCACCGCCUGGGACCUGCAGGAGACCAUCUCUAUCAGGGUGGUGCGCGGAGGGUGGGUGAUGUACGAGAAGCCCAACUUCAAGGGGGAGAAGGUGGCCCUAGACGAGGGCGACCUGGAGCUCACCUGCCCCUUCGUGUGCCCUGAGGAGGAGGAGGUGGUGAAGGAGGUUCAGCCUGAGAGCGCCAAGCAGAACGGGGUCGAGGCUAACGGAGAGCAAAACGGCGAGCAGAACGGCGCGCCAGCCAGGAAGUUCAUCAUCGGCUCUCUGAGGAGAAGCGUCAGGGACUACAGCGUUCCGGAGAUCAGCCUGUUCCCGGAGGAGAACGCAGAGGGGAAGAAGGUGACGUUCCGGGACACGGCCGAGGACGCCCGCAUCUUCGGCUGCCCUGUGAAGGCCACCUCCAUCAUCAUCAAUGCAGGCUUGUGGCUGGUGUAUGCGGAGCCCUUCUUCCAGGGCGUGCCACGGGUGCUGGAGGUGGGGGGGUUCAGCAACCCCGCGGCCUGGGGCGUGGAACAGCCCUACGUGGGCUCGCUGCACCCGCUCAAGAUAGGUGAACCAAGAGUGGAAACUAUUGACGAACCAAAGAUCAUUCUCUACGACAAGCCGUACUUCUCGGGUAAAUCCCGCACCAUCCACGGCUCCUUGAAGAACUUCAUGACGCGCAUGGACAACCAGCAGACAGCCUUCAUGUACAACGCUGGCUCCCUCAAAGUCCAGGGGGGAAUCUGGGUGGGGUUCGAGAAGGAGGGGUUCCGCGGCCACCAGUACCUCCUGGAGGAGGGGGACUACCAGGACUGGCGGGUGUGGGGGGGCUGCAACGCAGAGAUGCGCUCCGUCAAGGUCAUCCGAGCGGACCUGACCGAGCCCAUGCUGGUGAUGUUCGAGCAGCCCGAGGAUGAGGAAGCGGACGAGGAGAACAGCUUUGAGGUGACGGAGGCCAUCCCUGACGUAGCCACCUUCCAGUACAAGACCACCACCCGCUCCAUCAGCGUGCUGUCCGGGGCCUGGGUGGCCUACUCCCACGUGGACUUCUCGGGGAACCAGUACAUCCUGGAGAAAGGCUUCUACAACAACAGCGCUGACUGGGGGUCCGAGGACAACAUCAUCUGCUCCAUCCAGCCCAUCCUACUGGCUCCAUCUGAGGGUUCAAAGGCUAGGAAUGAGGUGCUGCUGUACUCUCAGCCAAACUUCAACGGGAACGUGGAGACCUUCAGCCUGAACCAGCUGGUCGUCCCCGACAAGGUCCUGGCCAAGUCCUGCCGCAUGCUGGGCGGAGGCUGGGUGCUGUACGAUGGUAAGGACUACACAGGGAACCAGUGCGUGCUGUCUGAAGGGGAGUACCCCAACCUGUUCAGCAUGGGCUGCCAGCCCAACUUCACCGUCUGUUCGCUGAGGGCCAUACCGCUGAUCUUCUCCAUGCCCUCCAUCUCCUUGUUCAGUCUUGAGUGUCUGGAGGGGAAGGAGAUCACGACGGACUUGGAGAUGUCCGACCUCAUAGCCCAGGGCUUCAACAACCACUUCCUGUCUGUCCGCGUCAACUCUGGCUGCUGGGUGCUGUGUGAGUACAGUCACUACAGGGGGCGCCAGUUCCUCCUGGAGCCCAUCGAGAUCACCAACUGGCCCAAGUUCAGCUCGCUGGAAACCGUGGGCUCCAUGUACCCCGUCCAACAUCGGCGGCGGUUCUUCCGCGUGAAGAACAAGGAGCACGGCAGCUUCCUGUGUCUGCACGGCGGCCUGGAGGAGAUGAAGCCCGGCCGCGUGGUGGUCGCCAAGGAGCCCGAGCACGGCAGCGACGUCUGGUUCUACGACGACGGCUUCAUCAAGAACAAGGUGGCGACCACCAUGAGUCUGCAGGUGAUGGGCACGGUGGAGGCGGGCUCCAAGGUGGUGCUCUGGACGGAGACCCGCCAGCCCCUGCAGACCUGGUCGGCGCCCAUGAAGGGCCGCAUCCCCAGCCUCACCUUCCCCGACAUGGUGCUGGACGUCAAAGGUGGGAAGUCUUACGACAAGGACUAUGUGGUGAUACUGCCAGAGAACGAGGAGCGAGCCAGCCAGCAUUGGCAGCUGGAGUUGCUAUAACAAUCUUAACUGCCACCAUUCACCAUCCCCUAAUCUCCAACCAUUUGAACAGUACAGACCAAACGGUAUCGUUCCGGAACAUUCCCCAGACGUUCUCGAGAAACAUCCCCAUUGCCUUGCGCUAUGAUGUAAUGAAUUCCGGAAUCAACGGUCUUCUGUGAACAGCCUUUCCAUGUGUGACUCUACAAGGGACCGGUCGGGAAGACCGGGACGUCGCUUUACCUCUGCAUCUUCAUAAAAACGCUUCCAUCUCCACGUCGUUCCUUCAACUUACUACUGCUUCGAUGUAUCGAUACUGCUUCUACUCGAGCUGUAGCGAUAAACACUCUACGAAGAUCACUUUAUGAAGAUCUUACUGAGAACUGAGCUAGCUGCUGUUCGGGUCGGAACGGAGUCCUGCUGGGUAAUCCGACGAAGUGAGAUGUUUGUGAGGAAGUGUCAUGCUCUGAAGUACUUCAACUUCAACCUUAACAGAACUGUAGUGACGUUGGCCGCCACCAUACAGAGAAAACGCACUGCUCCAGGUCACACCACUGCCAACGUAUGGAAAAACAGGUCAAAUUAGACAAAGGUCAAAAAGUAGAUAUGAAAAAGUGUAUUUUUGUGUGGAUGUGUUUUUGUAUGCUGUACAGAUUUCCACUGCUCUUAUUUGUAACUGUGGUUCACUCUAUCUAUCUUCUCAACGGAAGUAUAAAUACACAUAUAUAAAGAAAUGAUAAAUAUAUUUACAAACUAGGCGGUAAAAGACCAGACAACGGCCAAAGUGAAUCUGGGUGUCAAUCGAUUUUUCUGCUAAGAGUUCUAUGCAAAUCCCGUAACUUUGGGUACUUCAGUUGAACCAAAUAGAGUUGUAGGUACUUUAACUCCGGGUGAACCUGUGUUUUUAAUACUUCACGUAUUUAACAAGAGCUAAAUUGGUACGGCUAUGAAUGAAGCUUUAAAUACUGUGGAUUGCCGUUUGAAAGUAUUUUUUAUAGUCUGUUUUUAUUUGGUCUUGGACGACUUUUGUCACAGGCACUGUAGUAGGACCACUGUAGUUCAGACAUUUUGCAAGGCCUCUUCUCCUGGGUUUUCUGAUCUCGUAGGUAUUUUCAGACUGUUUAAUUAAUUUGGAUGUAAAAGUCUGUUGUUUUGUUUCGUCAUUGUUUAAAACUGUUGUUUCAUACUAUAUAAAAUAUACAUAUGUGUAAAAUGUAAUAUAAGAGGGUGUGGUUUUACGGAAAAAAAUGAAUAAAAAUGUCUUAAAGAAUCUUAACUGAAGGAGGUGUUGAAUGUUGUACAUUUAUCGGUUAGUGGGGGAUUUUUCAUAAUUUCAACAGUUUGUCAACCAUAUCAGGACUAGACUAUUCAUGGCCAGGGAUCCGGAAGGAAUGUUUCUUGUUCUCUGGUGACUUCAUUUAUGACAGCACUUUGAAGCACUCCCAGACUGUUAUCAAUAGAAUUGAUAGCAUUCCAACCAAUGACAAUGGUCCUUGGUUGUCACGUUAUUCCCUGCCCACUAACAUUCCAACCCAAGUUGAAAUGACGAGUUGAAAUGGUCUUUAACUUUUUGUAAAUCUCUACUCAAGAUGUAUUAAACCUUUAUUAAAUAUAAAUGCAAUGACAAAGUACCAAAAAGGCAAUGCUUUUUUAUUCUGCUUAAACGUAAAUACAAGAAUUAACCGGAAAGGUCAGGUGUCC